AUGCUGCGAGUUAAGAUUCAUAUAGCAAUAAGUGCUAUAGGAGCCGUUUUAGGCUUGUCAGCAUUUAUAUGUUUUUGCCUUGUUUAUGCAAACAUUGAAGCCGGAAUGUGGGCACUAUUAUCUGGUACUAAUGCAUCAUUGGCUCUGAUGCUGCAUUGCCACUACCUCAAGGAGUCUCUACAUGUGAAUUUCUCCAGAAAAGCAUUGCAAUACAUCGGUGACUUUGGCAUAGUUGGUUUUGUCUCUGGAUUAGCAUUGACUAUGUUCUACCUUUUCUUGGAAAUCUAUUAUAAAGCUGAUGUGCUGCCAAUCAAGACAAGUAUCAUGAUCCGUCUUGUCUGGUCAUUCAUGAUGAUGAAGUGGGGUCUGAUGCUGUACCUGACCACCAAGAAAUACCUGAGGACCUACAACGACCACCAGCUGUUCUCCGAAAACCCUCAUAUUGAGGAGACUGAAACCCUGAUACAGCGAGAUGGACAACCUACAGGCCAGGAUGAGGGGGAAUCUACGUGGACCGUAUGA